AUGUUUCGGUACUAUUCAACAAGUGAAGAGCUCGAAGAAGCGCUUGUUGAGCUGAAAGAAAUCCCACGAUUAAAGCAAUUUCAUGGAUCAAUUCCCAUCUAUUUAUCAAGAUCAAUUCCCAAUUUGUCUCUUCAUUUAUUUUCUCUUAAAGAAGCUAACACAAAAUAUUGGAUUGCCUUGAAGAGUUUUAUGUGCCGUUUUCACAUCUAUACAGCCGCUGAUGGUUCAGUUGAUCGAAAAGUGAUCCGACGAUUUGUUGUGCAAAUGCUUUCAACGGGAAAAGGAUUAAAAGAGCUAUGCGAGAACAAAGAUGGUAUGAUCUUUGGAGAUCCGGAUUCGACUGCUGAGGUUCUUUCAAUUCUCGCUCAAUUCGGCGUCCAGUGCAAAGCCACUCGACCAGUUUACAUUUUUACCUAUCCACCAAUUGUCGAUGCACCAAUUUUUGAUAAUUUACCAGAAAAUUUUGAAAUCGAUCAAGUUCGGGAAAACGACAUUGAAACAUUGAUCUCAAUUUGGGCAUUUACUGCACAUGGAGCUGGUCUGCAAACAGAAGCUCAAGCAAAGUAUCUUCCGACACGAGUCAUUCGAACAAAAGACACGAAAAAGCUUGCUGCCUUUGCUCUUCUUGAGCACGAUGGCAUGAUUGUUGGCCUCAACGUUUUGCCGGAGUUCAGAGGGUUAAAACUCAGAGACAUUCUGAUGAGCACACUUGCUUAUGAAGCCCAGAAAACGUUCAACAUUAUACCGUUUUAUUGUUGUGAACCGAAUAACGCUGUGAUGACGAAAUGGGUGUCAAAAAAGCAUAAAAGCUUGAACGUUAAUGGAAAACAAGCAAUCAUCUUGUUCUCAGUACUGAAAAUUGAUGAAGAAGCUGCCGAGAAAUUAGGGAAAUUUACAUCCACU